AUGAAUGGAACCACCAUUUCAGAAUUCAUUUUAUUGGGCUUCCCUUUCUCCUGCACUCUCCAGGCCUACCUUUCCGCUCUGGUCUUGGCUUGCUACAUCAUCAUCCUUCUGGGAAACUGCUUAAUUCUGGCAACUGUUCUGUCUCAGCCUCAGCUCCAGCACUCUCCCAUGUUUUUAUUCCUUUCCAACCUGAGCCUUGCUGACCUGACCAUAGGAUCAGUUGCAGCUCCUAAACUGGCAACAGAUCUGUUUAACUGUGGCCACACUAUUUCCUAUGGGAGCUGCCAGGCCCAGCUCUUUUUUCUCCAUGCUUUUGGAGGUGCAGAGAUGCUUCUCCUCACCCUCAUGGCUUAUGACCGCUAUGUGGCCAUCUGUUAUCCUCUGUGGUACACAGCCAUCAUGACUUGGCAGCGCUGCCUCAAGCUUCUCCUGGUCUGUUGGGCAGGAGGACUCCUUCAUUCCACCAUUCAGAUGGCAAUGGUUGCCCACCUUUCAUUCUGUGGGCCUAAUGUUCUGGACAACUUCUAUUGUGAUGUCCCACAGGUGGUCAGGCUGGCUUGCAUGGAUACCUACAUUUUUGAGGUUCUCAUGGUUGUCAAUAGUAGCUUCUUAACUCUUCCAUGCUUUCUGAUCUUGCUGCUUUCCUAUGUCACAAUCCUGGCUACACUCUAUGGUCAUUUUGCGAAGGGUGGUAGUGCUGGGAGGGCUCUCUCUACCUGUAGUUCACACUUGAUGGUUGUCAGCCUCUUCUACGUGCCUUGUGUCAUUGUGUAUGUGAAGCCUUUGUCCACUUCCCACAUGAACAAGAUGGUUGCUGUGUUCUACCUGGUGGCCACCCCUGCCCUCAAUCCCUUCAUUUACACACUGAGGAACCAGGAAAUAAAAGAAGCCAUGAUGAAACUGAAGCACAAGUAUAAACUCCACUUGGUCCAUCAAAAGGAGUCUGUGUGA